AAUUAGUAUCAUAAUGUGCAAUGUUUACGAAAGUGUAUUGGUGCUUUUUUAGUGUUUGUGUAUAGUUUAAGGAAAUGCCUGUUGGAUUUAAAAUGCGUUCAGGAGUUGGUGUGUCAAACCAUAAUGGUGGGUAUGUACAUCAUCAGUAAGUCAGGAUGGACCACAUGAACCACGACCACGGCCACCAUGACGGGCACGAGGGACACGAGGGCCACGACGACCCCUGUGCGCAUGCGUCGCACGGACACGCCAUGGUUUUCCACGCGGGCGUGUGCCAGGAGAUCCUGUUCAGCGGCUGGAUGACGACGAACGCACUGGAGCUGUUUGGCUCGGCGCUGGCCAUCUUCUUCGCCGGCGUGCUGUACGAGGGGCUGAAGUACUUCCGCGAGGCGCUGCACGCGAGGGCCUCCUCCUCCACCGGCGACUCACGCGUCAACAUCACCAAGAGCGAGUGCGGGAACAAUGGGCCUUGCGGGGGAACUGCUGUUGUUAAGUACACGAUGCUGUCGUCAGGUCACGUGGUGCAGACGGUAUUACACUUCCUGCAGUCCACGGCCUCCUACACCCUCAUGCUGGUCUUCAUGACGUACAACGUGUGGCUCUGCCUGGCGCUGGUCCUCGGCCUCGCCGUCGGCUACUUCUUCUUCGGCUGGAGAAAGAAUACCGUCGUCGAUGUCAACGAGCACUGCCAAUGAAAGACAAGAUCCAGUGGGAGCCGCCAUACUGUGUGCAUGGUCAGCACAGACCGUAUAAUCGGUAGACAGAGCAAAAUUAAAGAAAUUUAAAACCUUCUUGUUUGUUA